AGUUGCCUUCCUUAGAUUUACAACAUGCAUCUGUGCGCGGUCACGUGUUCGUAAUCAAUACUUUUGUGUAGUUAGAAAAGAUGAUGUUCGAAAGGUUGACGCGUGUCCUACUGACACUACUCGCCACUCUGCUGCUCACCUCCGUGGAUGCCAGUAACACCCCAAAAAAAAGCUGGGCAUGUGAAGGUAUGCAAGUGACGAUAACUUGUGACUCAGGGGAGACUAUCAACGUUCUGAACGCUGAGUACGGCUAUUUCGACAAAGUUUGUGACCAAGAACAUCCGGAUAUAGUUUGUCGCAUUACAGUUACACAGAGAGUUGCUUAUAUGCAAAUGUCAAGGACGCCUGGCAUGCACGGUAGAAGUUGGAAGUAGCAAUUUCCAGAAUCCUUGUUCGCAAAAUCUUUAUAAACAUUUGGAAAUUGUAUAUGAGUGCAAAAAAUAGCUAAAUUGACACACCAUACGUUUAUGUAACCAUUAUGUAACUUUAUUUGUUUGGCAUUUACACUAUAUGUCUAAGUGUGCAAUAUAUUUUUGAAAUCAUUA